AUGGUCAUGGGAAUGAGUAUGGAGAUGAAGAUGAAGAUGAAUUGGAAGUCUACACCGAGAGGUUUUGAGCCUCAAACUCAGACAAAGAUAUCCAAGAAGCCUUAUGAAUAUAUAUGCAAGACUUGCAACAAAACAUUCCCAACAUUUCAAGCAUUGGGAGGUCAUAGAUCCAGCCAUAACAAAGAUCAGAAUACCAAAGCUGUGGAACCGUCGAUUGCCAUACAACAGAAAAAGGAUGACACUGAUCCCACUAUCAAAGUUGAAGAAACGAGGGAAUUUGGAGAACAUGCAUCUUUGCACAUAUGCAACCUAUGCUACAAAAAUUUCCCAACGGGUCAAGCUCUUGGUUGUCAUAAGAAGCGACACUGGGUGGCAGCACAAUCAGCAGAUGCUCGAGCACCAAGCAGUGAAGCCGUGGUUGAGGAUAGUCGGACAGCUGCUGCUCUUACAUUUGUACAAUCGCCAUUGACGGAGGAAGCAGCUGAUCAGGCUGGUCGCAAAGUGAUGGACUUCCAUAUGAAUAAACCCAAUGUGAAAGAGGAUUAA